CACAGUUUUGUAAAAAUUCCCCAUCUCUAGAUAGAAACAUAAACAGCUGUCGCCGAUGGAACAUUUUUGGAAAAAUGUGUGUAAAAUUAUAUAUUGUGCGAAAAACCUAUUGAAAAGCCAAUGCGGCGUUUUUUUACAUCAGUUAAUGCUCAAAUAAUGUCGAAGAAUAAGGGGAAAGCAAAGUCCGCCGUUGAAAGUGCAAAAACAAAGCCGGCGCCAACGAGUGACAGUCCAGUCACCGUAGAUAAAAGUGGAAAUAUAUGUAUUAAAAUACUUGCAAAACCGGGAGCCAAGCACAAUGGCAUUACGAACAUUGAACUGGAAGGCGUUGGCGUCCAAAUAGCCGCACCGCCCAGUGAAGGCGAAGCUAAUGCAGAGCUGGUGAAAUUUCUGUCCAAGGUUCUGGGGCUGCGCAAGAGCGACGUCUCCCUGGACAAGGGAUCGCGGUCCCGCAACAAGAUCAUACUGAUCAGCAAGGGUGCAUCGACAGUUGAGUCGAUUGAGCAGCUGCUGCGUAAGGAAUGUGAAUCGUAGAGCCAAUCCAAUAAAAAUAUUCAUAUAUAUGCAUUUUAAAA